UCAAUUUUCUCAUUGACAUUCACUGCAAUUGUUCAUCAUUUCAAGUUGUAAAGGAUUUUCUCUGGAUAUCAUCAUGAAGAUUUCAAUGAUUGCCACUGUGGCUCUGCUAUCUCUCGUGGCUCUGGCCUCUUCUGCUCCUCAUCGCUCUUAUUAUCAGGAGAAAGAUGCUCAGCAACAGCACGACUAUAAAUAUUACGAUCAGCUGAAGGAUGCCCUGGAGCAAAGCAAUGUUGAGGAGGCUCGUCAGCAACGCGGUAACUACAACUACAAGACACAGAUGCAGCAGGACGGUGGCCCAAGCAACUAUUACUAUAAGACACAGAUGCAGCAGGACGGUGGCCCAAGCAACUAUUACUAUAAGACACAGAUGCAGCAGGACGAUCGCCCAAGCAACUAUUACUAUAAGGCACAGAUGCAGCAGGACGGUGGCCCAAGCAACUAUUACUAUAAGGCACAGAUGCAGCAGGACGGUGGCCCAAGCAACUAUUACUAUAAGACACAGAUGCAGCAGGCUGAUCGCCCAAGCAACUAUUACUAUAAGGCACAGAUGCAGCAGGACGGUGGUCCAAGCAACUAUUACUAUAAGACACAGAUGCAGCAGGACGGUGGCCCAAGCAGCUAUUACUACAAGGCACAGAUGCAGCAGGACGGUGGCCCAAGCAACUAUUACUAUAAGGCACAGAUGCAGCAGGACGGUGGCCCAAGCUAUAAGACACAGAUGCAGCAGAACGAUGGCCCAAGUAACUAUUACUAUAAGACACAGAUGCAGCAGAACGAUCGCCCAAGCAACUAUUACUAUAAGGCACAGAUGCAGCAGGACGGUGGCCCAAGCAACUAUUACUAUAAGGCGCAGAUGCAGCAAAAUGGCCCAUCGGAGGAGGCUCGUCAGCAACACGGCAACUAUUACUAUAAGGCACAGAUGCAACAAGAUGAGCCAUCUGAUGAUUGGACACCAGAGACACCAGCUGAGGUAGAUGCUAUGCAAGAAGAGCGCCCAUCUGACAGUCUACUGCUAGCAGCACUGCAGUCCCUGUUGGACAAACAAGAAGAGUAAACCAGCCGAAUAUGAGAAGCACGGAUACUGAAAUAGUAGAACACAUUAAAAAUUGCAGUGUGAAAAUUUCUAGUUAUAAUUAUGAUAAUGAGAUCAAUAGAAAUGAGUGAAAUUCAA